GGCUUCUAUGCUCUCUACCUUUAAGAGAAUAAAGACUGUGUAACCCGAUUUAUAAUCUAGCUUACACGUGUACUAAUCAUUUAGUCUUUGUCAUUUUCAAACAUGUUAAAUAAGGACUUAAUCGUUAUUUUCCUCUCAGUUAUUAUUUCUGUUGCAGUCAGCAAACGUUGUCCAGAGUCAACGUUUGCUUGUCGCAAUGGCGAACAAUGCGUUGAUAAAGAUUUCAAAUGCGAUGGAGAAAAGGAUUGUUCAGAUGGUUCCGACGAGAGAGAUUGCAUUCAAAAUCCAAUAAAUCCAAAUGAAAAAUAUAGCCCAGAUGAUCCCGACUUCAAGUGCCCGCAUCCCAACCUGUUUACGUGUAAAGACAAAGUAUGCAUUAAUAAGAAAUUCGUUUGCGACGAUAAUCCAGAUUGUGCGGACGGUAGUGAUGAAUAUGCUUCACUAUGUAAAACGUGGAACAGAAAAAGAUGGCAAGGAGGAGGACGACAAACGGUACCAAAAGAUUUUAAAUGUCCGCAUAAUUUAUUCACAUGCGGAACAAAGGAAUGUAUACUUCCUAUUUAUAUAUGCGAUGGUAAUAAAGAUUGUUCGGAUGGUAGUGAUGAAUGGAGUGAAAAUUGUAAAUUCAGAAAUGACAAUUUCAGAAUGCCAAGACAGCCAAGACCUCCUCAUAGACCACCUAGACAAGAUCUUUAGAAAAACUAUUAUGCCAGUAUCAAAUUAAUUGUUGUUUUGGAUAUGAAAUUAAUUAUUGUUUAAUGUAAUAUGUAUGCUAAAUUAUUAUUGUUUUCCGACAAGUUCAAUAGAUCAGUCAUAUCUAAGA